CAGAAAUGAUCGCACUGGACCCCGGAAGUGUGUGGCCCUCAUCAUUAUUAUUUCUUAGCUAUAAAACCCUUUAAACAGCUCGAGAAAUGAAACGAUCUCUUUAUAUCUGCCCGUCACUAAUCUGAGAAUCACUACUGGUGGCUCAAAUCUGUUUUCGGAGGCGGCUCCAGACUGUGUCUGCCUUUGAGUUCAAACCCAACAGGGUUCGAGAGGAUGUCACUGUGAGAGACGCUCUGUGUGGUGAGAAUGCAGUCUUCAGGACACCGGUUGAGGGAUGUGGAGCAGCACCAGCCGCUGCUCAGCGCAGGAGAGGAAGAGGUGGUGGCCAGCCGCGUCUGGUUUAUCCAGGACAGCUGCGGGAUGGUGUGUGCCUUCAUAACCUGGUUUCUGGUUAUGUACGCAGAAUUCGUGGUGAACUUUGUCAUGCUGCUCCCUUCCAAAAGCUUCUGGUACACUCUCAUCAACGGUGUGGUGUUUAACUUUCUGGCUGUGCUGGCGCUGACGUCACACCUGCGAACCAUGCUGACGGAUCCGGGAGCUGUUCCCAAAGGUAACGCCACUAAAGAAUACAUGGAGAGUCUGCAGCUGAAGCCAGGAGAAGUCAUCUACAAGUGUCCCAAAUGCUGCAGCAUUAAACCAGAGAGGGCACACCAUUGCAGUAUCUGUAAGAGAUGCAUCAGGAAGAUGGAUCACCACUGUCCUUGGGUCAACAACUGUGUGGGCGAGAACAAUCAGCGAUUCUUUGUCCUCUUCACCAUGUACAUAGCCUCCAUUUCUUUGCAUGCACUGUGUCUCAGCGGUUUCCACUUCUUCACCUGUGUCAGAGUCCAGUGGAGUGAGUGUAGUGAUUUCUCUCCACCUGUGGCGGUCUUGCUGCUGAUUUUCCUGUGUCUGGAAGCACUGCUGUUUCUCACCUUCACUGCUGUCAUGUUCGGCACUCAGAUUCACUCCAUCUGUAAUGAUGAGACCGAAAUCGAGCGACUGAAGAACGAGAAGCCCACGUGGGAGCGGCGGGUGCGAUGGGAGGGUAUGAAGGCUGUUUUCGGCGGGCCACCCUCUCUGCUCUGGUUCAACCCUUUUGCUGGACUCCGCCUUCGGGUUCUGAUGGGUCGCGCCCGGAAGAGCGGGGCCGAGUUCUCCGUCUGAGUGAAGAGUGCUGUCUGCCUUCAUGCCUAUUACCCCCCUCACAUAGGACAUAGGACUCCUUCCUUUAAUGCUGAAGCAGGUUUGGAGGUAGUACGGUGAAAACCUGUUAAAUAACUGAUGUCGCUCCUGGAACAAUGAGGCUACGUCUCGAUACAGCCUGUCUGUGUACACACAUUAAUACCUCGGACGACGGAUCAUACUUGUUAUCCUCAUAUUGUCUUCAUGAACAUUUACACUCAUGGGUUUUUGAUUUGCUUUUUUUUUGUUGGUAAUUUACAAAACGUUUGAAGGGUGUUGAUAUCCGUUAUCCAGCCAAUAAGUAAUUGCAUCUAGAGCUACCGUGUGACAAAAAUAAUGGUUGCAAUGGUUGUUUAAAGAAAUGGAUCAUAAAUCAGACGGAAUGAGUUUUGCCAAAAAAAAUUAAAAUCCUUAUGUGAAUCUCACAAAAACUGUCAGGAAAUGCCCAGGUGGUCAUAAAGCAUCUCAAAAUCUCAAAAAAAGAAAAAAUUAGAAAUUAUAUUCUAUAUGUUCUGUUUUUCUUCACCUUGAAAGCAAAUAUUUGAUUUGCAAUUUAUAGUAAUAUAAUCUAUUAUUUAAUAUGUUAAGUAUUUUUACUUUUUUUUUUUUUUUUUGAACUGAGUAUAAUUUAUGCUAAUUUUAAUUUUACAUUUCUUUAUUAUACCAAUGACUUUUAGAUUUGUUUCACACCACGGUUAUGAGAAUUUGUUUAGUUAAUAGCAAAUAGCACAAAAAUCUUAAUUGGAGAUUAAAUUUUUUUUUUUUUUUUAGUUUUAAUUAGUUUUCUUUGUGGAAUAUAAUUAAUUAUUAUAAAUUAAUUUUUCUUUUUUGGAGGAACUGGGCAUUUUCUUGUGAGAUUCGCUUUCUUAGGUGUUUUAAAAGCUUGCAGCUGGUUUAGUCACCUUGCCUUUAGCACACACCCUAAACGAUAAAGUCAUUUUCAAAUAGUCUCAUCUUCAUGUAUUGUAGAGAUAAUAAUAGCCUCAUUCUAAAGUCUUGAAAUUAAUGCCGAUGCCACACAGAAAUUGAAUGGACGGCGUCACUAUAUAUAAUUCUCACAUUGACUUUAAGCUGCUCUGUGAGAUAAAUAAAGACAAAUCACAUUAUGUCGUACAUAAAGUAUGUCCUCUGUGAGACCCACAGCUGAGCCGGGAACUAUAAUUAAAGUGUAGAUUACAGUUUUUACAGAGCUGACUCUUGUGGUGAGACUUCACAGUUGACGAGGCUGACUAUCACUUUGUGUUUUAUACUGCGUUUCUCAUGCAUCGUUUUUCAUUGUCUCCUUCACUUCUGUCAGUAGAUUGCUUUUACCUUUAGCUUAAAGAAUCAUUUCAUGAUGACCACUAAUGUUUUCCUUGUGGAAAAAUAUUUUCGUCAUAAAAAGCUGGAUCUUGUUUGGCAGGGUGGAGCCGAUGUGUGUGUUGCUUUGAUUUUCAAAGGAAUCUCACAAAAUCUGUCAAAAACAACUCAAGUAACAUAUUUGACCCCCAAAUGAAGUUAGACAAAACACAAAAUUAUAUUAUGCAUAAAGAGCCUUUCCCACAUAUUCUUAUUAAUAUAUUUGCACAUAAUUUAUAUAUAUAUAUAUAUCACUUUAAAAAAACAAAAUAUAUAUAAAAUAUUGCAAAAUAAUAAAUCAUAUUAUUUAAAAGUAAAACAUUUUACGUCUUAGUAUUUCAUUUACUCACAUUAUUAUUUUUUUUAAAUCACCAGUUAUCAAAUAUAAAAAUAAUCUUCAAUCAUUCCUGAUGUUCCUAAAUAUAGACUUCAUUUUCUUCAUGUAAUAUAUAAUUAACUCUGCAGAUUUUGGUGUCCUGGAUAUGUUUUUGACCGGCUUUGUGAGAUUCGCCUUGCUGUAUGAUUGGAAGAUUAGUUAAUUUUACUUUAAAAAUAUAGAUUACAAAUAAAAUAAAAUAAUGGCAGUACGUGAGAAAUAUAUCACCGCACCAAAAUGCCAGUUUGGAUUGGUCUAGAUCACUUUUAAGAACUUUAGAAAACCACUCCAUUCACCAAACAGAACAGAUGCAGAUGUGUGUUAAAAUGCUCUCUGAUAUUAUGUUUACAAUAUCUGAACAUUUCGUUAUCCAUAAUGCUAGAUAAAUGAUUAUAGAUGAAAUAAAACUCCAGAAUUAGUAAGACUUUUAAUACCCUGCCAUUAAUAUCAGUGUAAUUCCAGCAUUUUAUUUGUUACAGUAAUGAGUUUGUGUGCCAUUUUUGUUAUUCAGCAUUAAUGAUUAUCAUACAGCAAUCAAACCUUGUUUUAGACAUUCUCUUCUCAUUAUUAUGAUUGGCUUUUCAUGCAGCGUAACUCCGAUUGAACUAGAGUUGUGCAAUUUAUUUUAGAAAUGUUUUGAGCCUACGAGUUAUUCAUUUUUCUGUAAAGGGAAUAUGUACUAUAUGCAAUCCCCGAUGUUUUGAAUUUGAUAUGAGAAGACUUGACUUUUAUCAGCACAUCACUAAGAAUGUAUCUCAUGUUUUUUAUACUGUGUGUUAAUUGGGUAGAAGAGGGAGUUUUCUUUGCAUUAGAAUAACUAAGAGUUUAGCAUUCUGUGCUAUUAUUACUACUGCAACAGUAUUUGCCCGACCUCAGCUCUGUUUCUAAAACAUGCUUACGUCAUUUUAGAUGAUACUUGCCUGUAAAGAGGGAUGUUUGCUCUUAAAUGAACUUCAUUAACCUCAGAAGAAUAGCAUUAGGGAAUAUUCAACUUUUACAUAUGUUAUUUCUUGGUGGUUCAACCAAGCGUAUUCCCAUCAUCAAAAUCUGGAAACUUUAUGUCUCCAGCGUUCACCUUUUCCCCACAUUAGAGCUGUUUAGUGCUGCAGGUUUCACUGAGCGGGACACGGGUCAUUCAACGAAACGACUCGAAGCGUCUCAACUUGGAAAUGUUGGAAACAGGGUUCACAGCCACAAAGCAAAGAUUCUGAAAUAAUGUCUAUUAUAAAUGGUGUAAACAAAUAUUGUUCCGAUACCUUCAAGUGUCAUGAAGUGAUGAUGUUCUUUCUUAUGUAAAGUUCUUUUACAUAAUAAAGUCAUUAGAUUUAAAAGCUA